AUGAUUGAACGUUUUUGUGAAAAAAUUGGCAUUGAUCAUGAUGCAUUCCUUAAGUUACGAUUGCUCGUUGAACAAAAUGGUCAAUUCUAUGAUAUCCAUGAAGUAAAAAAAGCAUUUUUUUACUCUCCUGAAACUGGGAAGCUAGAAAGAGCGGUCAUCGAUAAUUUCAAGAUUUUAUUCGGCACCUUAGGAUCCGCUCUGAUGCCAAUUUUAGAUGUGACUCCUGAAGAGUAUGACGAUAUGAUAAAUUCGAUGG